AUGGCGUUGGCCGCUGAGGCUGGCCAGUCGGAAAGGAGCGUCUGGCAGGGCGAGGGCCACUAUGCAUGGGGAGACAGGCUCUGGGUGGUGACCGCUGUCGACAUCCGACACCAAACAGCUGCUGAGCCCGAGAAGAGGCUCGUUCACAGCUGCGGGGUGGUUAAGGGGCGUGCGGCGGUGCGGGGCACGAUUCAACUUCCUGUUGCGAAUUGUGAUGGCGGGCUAUUCAUGGCAAAAACCGACGUCUUGGGGAGCGCCGACGGCGACGCGGGCUGCACUAGUUCGGGCACAGGAUCGGGCAGGCCGCAGCAGGCUGGCGGUUACGAGGCCUGUUGGACGCACGAGACCUGGUUGGCACCUGGCCGCCAUGCAGUUCGUUCCAUGGCUACCACACCCAUCGCCCGAGCGACCGUUACCGUCUUCUGCGCUGCGACGCUGGCGGCUGGCGUUGGCCGGGGAUUUGGGCAUACCGGCUCGGAUUGA